ACGCUCCCUGGAAGUUCUCCUUUGUGUAAAAUGACCCUGCCUGUGUGUGCGUCCUGUUGCGAAAGAGAGGCGUGGCCUGAUAGACAUGAUUAGUACAUUUCCUGUGCUGCCAAGAAGGAGUACAGCAGCUGCACACCACUGGAGAGCUUGGCAGGGAAAUCCGCUCUGCAGAACCGGGUGUCAUUAUUUACUGAGCGCGGGGGAGUUUCUUUUCACGUGGGAUCCGCUUUCAUAGACUAACCAAGGCAGGAACCAACCGAGGAACGCCUGUGUUUUUGGCAGCCUCUUGCCUUUCACCCAAGUUGGUGAAACUUACUGAGCAGACUCCAGGGCUGCUCCUGGGUGAGUCUCGUUUCCUGUGCUGAUCUCGGCUGUGCACCGAUCCUCCUUGUGUGCUGCCGUCAUUGUGUCACUCUAUCUUAGGUGCUGUUGUUUCCCGGUCUUCGGCUCUUUACAAUCGUUCUCAUCAGCUAAUUUCUCCCUGGGCUUCUUCUAAGAGCGAUUCUCGUUCGUGGGCAGGGGCAGCCCCAUUGUUAACGCUGCACCCAGCCUUCUGUUUAUAUUGCUGUAUAGAAGAUGCACUAUUACCGAUACUCUAACCCAGAAAUCAGCUGUUGGUACAAAUACCUGCUUUUCAGCUACAAUAUCAUCUUUUGGCUAGCUGGAGUUGCUUUCCUUGCAGCCGGGCUUUGGGCAUGGAGUGAAAAGGGUGUAUUAUCUGAUCUCACGAAGGUAACCCGUCUCCAUGGCUUUGACCCGGUGGUACUUGUCUUGGUGGUUGGAGGAGUGAUGUUCGUUCUGGGAUUUGCUGGUUGCGUAGGAGCAUUGAGGGAAAACAUCUGCCUUCUGAAGUUUUUCUGUGGAGCAAUCGUACUUAUAUUUACAUUGGAGCUGGCUGGGGCAGUGCUGGCUUUCUUGUUCCAGGACUGGGUGAGGGACCGGUUCAAGGAAUUCUUUGAGAAUAACAUUAAAUCCUACCGAGAUGACAUCGAUCUACAGAACCUCAUUGACUCAUUGCAGAAAAUUAACCAUUGCUGUGGUGCUCAGGGGCCAGAUGACUGGGAUCUUAACAUUUACUUCAACUGCAGUACUGAAAGCAAAAGUCGUGAGAAGUGUGGGGUCCCCUUUUCCUGCUGUGUUCCUGAUCCUGCUCAAAAGGUUGUGAAUACGCAAUGUGGAUAUGACAUCAGAGCACAGAAGAAAAGCCAAUGGGACAAUUUAAUUUUCACCAAGGGUUGUAUCCCUGCUCUUGAAGCUUGGCUACCCCGAAACAUCUACAUCGUUGCAGGAGCCUUCAUAGCUAUCUCAUUGCUGCAGAUUUUUGGGAUUUUCCUGGCCAGGUCACUGAUUUCGGAUAUUGAAGUUGUAAAGGCAGGUCAUCUUUUCUGAAGACUAAAGUAGACACCAGCUGUGAAGACAAAUACAUUUUCACUGCUAUUGAUUUGACAUCAAGGUGAAAAGAAAUUGACACACACACAGGCCUUGGAAUGCUCCAGGUUUUAAAAGCCUUAUUUUUGUAUCAGCCAGAUGUUACUCUGCUUCUGCUUUUGCUGCAGGCUGGUGCAGAAAGAACACACUGCUUCCUCCCCCAGAUCCCCUUCUCCCCAAUGCAACAUCUGUUUCUUUUUCCAAGGGGAAGACUAGAUUUUAAACCUCUUUUGAUGUGGAAGAGAUUCCCCUAAAUCUAUGAAGGAUGGACUAAAAGACUCCAGUAAGCAGAAAUGGAAACUGCUAUAAACCAGUCCCUUACCUUGAAGAACUUGCUGCUGUAAGGGCUGUUUUGUCUUGACUCCCAGCUACCAUCAUUGGAGGUUGCAAAUGUUGCAUUCAUUAUGUGGAUCAUAGCUGCAUCUGUUAUGGUGUUUGUCAUGGUCUUGGAAGAGAGUGUCCUAAAGAUCGACAAUGACCACGUUGAUGGACUAGUCAAAGGAGGUUACUUAAUGUCUAUUCUCAAAACAUUGUAGUCUGUUCUCGAAACACCAAGCAUUUCAUUGUGUCCUGUUUGAAUGGAAGGCCCAGGUAGUUAUGUCAUUGGAUUAUUGGGAGUCAUGAUAGUCUUGGUAUUAGAGACCGUAAAAAAAUGCCAUUAAGUCUCCAGUUGUCAGAUGGAACCUCAGCUGUGCAGAAGUAGGGAAUGUCCCUAUAUGACCUGAGCUAAUGUAGAUAUUUCAGAAGGGACUCAAAUGCUUGAGUAACAGAAGCCACUUAUUUUGAAAGUUCUUGCCAACAUAAGUUUCUUAAGAGGGAGUAAUUUAAUUAUACAUUGAUAGCAUAUUUGGAAAUCUUUUCAUGAGGGUAGGUGGAUUCUCUGAUGCUAUUUCUCCUUUUUAGAUGUUUGUAAAUAGUUUUAAUUUAUAGAGGAGGAAAUCUCACCAUUUGCUUACACUGUUCUGUAGAGCAAUUACUUCUAAAAAGAGUGAUAUCUGCUGGGCUGAAGGCAUUUAAAAAUGCUGCUUGGUACAAGAGAUCACUGAAUAUGUGAUUGUAUCCGUCAAGAGCUCUCUAGUCUGCCAUCUGUUCUCUUUCACACCUGUCCACUGCACUGUUGUUUAUCAUCUUCUUUGACUGUUGAUUGCUAUAUUAGGACUAAAAAGAAAUUAAAGGACAAGCUAAACUCUGUUAGGCCUUUGAUUCAGGAUUUUCCAGGCUAGUCAAAAGCUAAUAUAACGUACAUAAGAGUCUAGUGGAGCACUGGAGUUACUAGCAUUAAUUUAUUUAAAAAAAUAUUUUGAAUGCAUUGUUGUUUCCCAUUCCAUUUGUCCUUUGCUGCUCAGACUUUCCUGCAAAAAUGCCAGAUCGAGUCAUGCUGAAGAAAUGCUCAGAGUUGCGUCUCCAGAAUAAUGCUGUGAGCCCUGGCCCAAAGUGAGUGCAGCCCCCAUUGAAAUCAAAUGGGUGUCGCUCUUGUUUACACCAGGGAUGAAAUUAAGGCCUUAUGACGUUUCCUGCAAACUGGGGUGCUUAAGACCUGAUCCAAAGUCCUCGGAGGCCAAUGGAAAGACUCCCAUUGACUUCAGUGUCCUUUGGAUCAGGCCUAUAGUGCUAGUCCAAACCAUUCUUCUGCUCUUCUGUGAAAUCAAAAGUCAGAAUAGAAUUAACUGUAAAAGCUGAAAGGUGUGAUACGUAAUAAGAAACUCUUUUAAAUAGUUGUUGCAGUGUCAAUUUUACUAUGGGAUAUUUACUAACAAACUGUUCACUGCUUGUAAUGGCACCCUAUUUUUCAGGGAUCGCAGUUACUUGCAGUGCCUAAUGUAGUGUAAAUUCUAGUAAAGUAUAUAUUUUUGUAAUGAUAUUUUACUACAUUAAUGCUUGUGUUUCCAAAGUGUUAUGCUUUCUUAGAAUACCAAACUUCUGAAUAUAUCUUUUUAUAUACAUGUGUUAUCUAAGUAUUAAUGAGCAAUUCACUGGAAGAAAGGUGAUACCAAUAGGGAUCUGUACCAGCCUUUCUUCCAUGAAAGCUAGAAGAAGGCUGCUUUGACAUUCUGUGAAACAUUUCAUGGACAAUGCUAUAUUUUGUAUGUGGCUUUCAGCUGAGUUUUCAUGUUUCUUUUUCUUGCCAAUGACUGAGACAGAACGGGAAAAGGAAGCCUGUCUAAGAAUGGCUGAUUUCCUCAGAGACAGACAAAGAAUACAGUGUCUAUUGUAUUCUUCUGCAAGACCUGAAGGUAAAAUCUCCAGGCAUAUGCUGUGACUUUUUUUUUCUUUUCUUUGAUCUGCAACAA